AUGGCUCCCCAAAAGCCCGAUACCCCCAAGGCCAGUGCCGACAAGCCUGUCGAGUCAGGAGUCUCGAAGCUCUCUCCAGCCAAGUCUCCCAACAUGAUCUCACACAUGAAAGGAUCGAUCCUUGGGGCUAAUAAAGAUCUUCUGUUUCUCUGGAAGUGCAUCACACUGUCCAACGGCAUGAAGGCAAUUAUACUGAAGAUUGACUGGGCUGCCGUUUCCGAAGAUGCCGGCAAGUCUGUCCCAGCUGUGAAGAAGCAGUUCUCGCGUCUCAAUCUCAAGUGUGAGAAGACCUUAGCUGCCCUGACCGAGGCCCUAGACCAGGAUCUCGAUGAGAAGGUCGAUCCGGGCAUGGAAGCACCAGUCUCUGAAUAG